AUGGCCUCUCUCAGUUCUGCCUUCAAGAAGACUGGCACCAUCUCAAGUAUGCAUUCAUGGGCUCAUGCAGACCCUGAGGGUGCUGAUGAGAUAUGGACUAGGUCUUGUUUGACAUAUAUCAUCAUCACAAACCUCUUGAGAAGCUCAAAGGCUUUCUGGAUCAACUUGUUUGGCCAGUCAAAGCUGGACAUCUGCCCCCAUCUAUGGCGCACAGGAAGGGCUGUCCUAAAGCCGACCAGUGGAGAAACCUUAUCUCCAUUUUAUCCACUACCAUUGGCAUCCAACACCAACAAUUACAAGGCUCAGACUGAGUACAAGAAGACUAUACACUCUCAACUGCAAGAAGGCCUUCUUGUCCAGGAUCCACAUACUCCACUUGACAUUCUGGACUACUUCCAUUCUGUUCAACACAUGGAGGGCCAGUUCUAUCAGUACGGGCUGUGCUACGGGAGAUGGGCUUUUCCAUAUGAGCAGAACAAUGGUAAGCUCUCACGCAUCAACCAUAAUCAGCACAAGGGGGGUGAGCUGGAUGGGACCUUGAUGUGUCAGUGGUGGUCUAGUACCUUCAACCACAAGCUGAUCUCACAACUUGAGGCAUUACCUAAUCAAACACCUGACGACAAGGAUACCAUAUCCAUGCUGAAGAAGUGUCAAAAGUCCACAAAGAAAUCUGCGCAAGGAGCAGCACCUCAACCGCUGCCAGGUCACAAUGAGCCUGUCUUUGCUGUUCACACUCAGGAGCUUGAGCUCUUGAGCAUUGAUGAGAGGUUUCAUGAUGCUGUUUUUGAGUUCCUGCAGGCAUAUUGGCAAGAUCUCACUGAUCUUUGUUCCUGCACAGAUACGACAGGUCAGGGCGAUGUUGCACUCCCACAUCUGUUGAAAGAAUCUCCGUUACAGAGCAGCAACCCAUCACUGUGGGACAUCAAGCCGCUAUGCUUACAUCUUCAACCGCAAACCAGUUGA